AUGCACAACUGUGGAAUUGAUGGGAACCAGGGCGAGGGGAAGCGCAUAUUCAAUACCCGUGGCAACGAGGCGACUUGCAUUGGGACGAGUUGCCUCGCAUUUUUAUUUUUCCCUUACCUCCUUCUCUGUGAGAUCCACGCUUGCGCCAGCCGUAGCAGAGUUAAGCAAUUCGAGUCUCCUCCAGGGUGCAAUGGCUCUGUUGGACAGUGUUGUGUGUUGUGUCUUAUAUGUGUGAGUGAGUCGAAAAAUGCAACAAAAAGGCAUGGGCCCGUUAAGGUCGAGCGGGUGGCUGCGUUUGUUCAUUUGCGAAACAAACCCUUUGUCUCCAGCAAAAUCUGUGACUCCUGUCCUGCUACUUGGAUUAACGAUGAAGAAAAUACCUAUUGCAAUUGA